GACGCGGCGGGGAGGGGCCGGAUGCAGGCGGCGCGGCGGGCGCUGCGGCCGGGCUGCGAGCGGCGGAGGAUGAAGGCGCUGGUGGCGGCGGCGGCGCUGGGCGCAGCGCUCCUGCUCCUGCUGCCCGCCGCCUCGCGGGCCGACGAGCGCAAGAAGGGGCCCAAGGUCACGGCGAAGGUCUUCUUCGACCUCCGCCUGGGCGAGGAGGACGUGGGCCGCGUCGUCAUCGGGCUCUUCGGCAAGACGGUGCCCAAGACAGUGGAGAACUUCGUUGCGUUGGCCACUGGAGAGAAAGGGUUCGGCUUCAAGGGCAGCAAGUUCCAUCGUGUGAUCAAAGACUUCAUGAUCCAGGGAGGAGACUUCACCCGUGGAGAUGGCACUGGAGGGAAGAGUAUCUAUGGGGACCGCUUCCCUGAUGAGAAUUUCAAGCUGAAGCACUACGGCCCAGGCUGGGUGAGCAUGGCCAACGCUGGCAAGGACACCAACGGUUCCCAGUUCUUCAUCACCACAGUGAAGACACCGUGGCUGGACGGCAAGCACGUGGUGUUUGGCAAAGUGCUGGAGGGCAUGGACGUGGUGAGGAAGGUAGAGAACACCAAGACAGACAGCCGGGACAAGCCCCUGAAGGAUGUCACCAUCGCCGAUUGCGGCACCAUCGAGGUGGAAAAGCCCUUCGCCAUCGCCAAGGAGUGAUCCACCCCGCUGGCUCAGCGACGCGGCGGGGCCCUGCGCUGUGGGGACCCGGCUGCAAAGGGCUGCGGGCCUGGGGCGGCCCUGCUGCCCCCGUGCAUUCCCCCGUGGCCUCCCGGAGCACGGGCAGCCGCUGAGCCCCUGCUCCUGGCCUUCCAGCUGGCCAGCAGGCAGGACAGAACGCUGGCUCCUCUUUCCAACACUUUUGUAAGAAGCACAUGCACCAAUAAAUGUGACCAAUGUGUUUUUUA